AUGGUCGACUCAAAAGUCUUGAUCUAUCUCAUGCGGAGAGACCUCCGCAUCUCCGACAAUCCCAUCCUCCACUCCCUGGCGACCACUACCAAGCAGCACGGCUUCACGCAUCUGUUGCCCCUCUACGUCUUCAGUGCCCAGCAGCUUGAGGUCAAGGGGUUCAUCGCCGACAGCGACAUCAAGAGUCCGUACCCCGAGGCGCGGAGUCCCGUCGGGGGCUUCUGGCGGACAGGACCGCACCGGGUCACGUUCUUGGCAGAAUGCAUCUGGGAUGUCAAGGAGGGAUUGGAGAAGCUGGGGAGUGGAUUGUGUAUCCGAGUCGGGACGGUCGGUGCUGUGGUCGACGAUCUGCUGAGCAAGUUCGAGAGUAAAGGGGAGGUCAAAGUUGGCGCUGUAUGGAUGGUCGGCGAGGAGGGAGUUGAAGAGGCCCAUGAAGAGUCGCAGGUGAAGAAGGCUUGUCGAGAAGCCGGAGUCCAGUUCCAGCUGUGGACCGACGAGAAAUAUCUCAUUGAUGAUCGCGAUCUCCCUCUCCCCAACAUUGAUGAGUUAUCAGAUAUCUUCACCAGCUAUCGGAAGACCGUCGAGCCUCUCCGCGACCACCCUCGAGACGCCCUACCCGUACCAACCAAGGGCGCCCUUCCACCCUUCCCAGCAGAGUCGAUCCCCGACCAGCGCGAGCCCUUUACUAUCCCCGGUAGCCUCGACGACCUCCAGAAGGCUCUGCUGAAGCCCCUCAAUGCGGAGGAUCUCGUCCGUAACCCUCCACCCUACCCGGCCGGAACGACCUCCGCCCACCCGUUUCUGGGCGGGGAGUCGCAGGCUCAAGACCGACUGGAAUACCUCAUUACCAAGGGCAACGUCGUCAACUACCAUAGCACUCGUAACGGUCUCCUGGGCCACGAUUUCUCCACCAAGCUGUCCGCCUACCUCAGUCUCGGCUGCAUCACCUCCCGCCAGAUUCACGCGUCGCUCCUCGCGUUCGAAAACGGCACCAAUGCCGCUUACGCAUCCGUCCCAGAGUACGGCAAGGGUCAGAACGACGGCACCAAGAGCAUCCGCUUCGAGCUGCUCUGGCGCGACUACAUGCGUCUCUGCACCCGCAAAUUUGGCCCCAAGCUCUUCCGCCUCAGCGGUUUCAAGGCCGAAGGCGAGGAGCGCUGGUCGUCGCCAUCUCGCCCCGGCCCAGGACUCACACCCGCCCACGUUCGCGAGCAGAUCGACCGUUUCCUCAAUGGCACUACGGGCAUGGGUCUCAUCGACGCGAGUCUGCGGGAGAUGUACCACACUGGCUACACAUCCAAUCGCGCCCGCCAGAACGUGGCGUCUUUCCUCGCCAAGCACCUGAAGAUUGAUUGGCGCAUUGGCGCGGAGUGGUACGAGUGUAUGCUUGUUGACUACGAUUUAUCAUCCAACUGGGGGAACUGGCAGUACCUGGCGGGCGUCGGCAACGAUCCCCGCGGUGAAGCGCGCAUCUUCAACCCGGUCAAGCAGGCCUUCGACUACGAUCCUCACGGCGACUAUGUCAAGGCCUGGAUCCCCGAGCUGCGAGGCCUCACAGACUCGAGCGAGGUCUUCCAGGCAUGGACCAUCAAGGAGGAGCGCCGAGAGGGUCUUGGGCUCAGCGGCCUGGAGUGGGUUGAAAAGCCUCUCCUGAAGAUCAAUUUCACCGUCAACCGCCGCGGGCGCCAUCCCGGUGGUCGAUCCCGCGGAGAUCGGGGAGGGGGAAGAGGGGGCAGUAGCGGGCACGGUGGGGAUGCAGGAAGCGGACCAGGUCGGUAUACGAGCCCCGAGAGCCGAAAAUACUACUCCUCGCGUGGCGGCGGAGGCUACGGUGGCCGCGGGUACGGAUCCUCGCGAGGCCAUAUCCGUGGGUAUGGACGAGGUGGUGCGGGUGGUGGGGGCGGCCGAGAGGCGCGCGUGGGUAUGAUGGACCGCGAGCGUGAAGCUUACGCCGACUACACCGGCGGGCAAGACGCGAACUGA